AUGGGUCCGCCAAGAAAGUUGAGAAGCGUCAAUAGGCGGUAUAUCGACGAAGUAUCUCCUACUAAAGAUGGUGAUAGUUCUAAAAGAAGCGAUACCAAGAAAAGAAAGUUGUCUGACAUGCUUGGGCCUCGAUGGACAACGGAGGAGCUGACUCGUUUUUAUGAUGCAUACCGCAAGUAUGGUAAAGAUUGGGACAAGGUGGCCGGUGCUGUAAGAAGUCGGUCUUCAGAAACGGUGGAAGCCAUUUACACAAUGAAUAGGGCUUACUUGUCUCUUCCUCAUGGAACUGCUUCUGCAACUGCAUUUAUUGCUAUGAUGACUGAUCAUUAUAGCAAUUUGGCAGGAAGUGACUGUGAUCAAGAAAGUAAGGAUGGAGUAGGGACAUCUCGAAAAUCCCAGAAAUGUGUUCGUGGAAAGGCCCAGCCUACGACCUCCCUAGCACCUGAUUAUCCAUUUGUUUCGCGUUCACAGACCGUUGCUUCAGAUUAUGGGAUCCUGUCAUUGUUAAAGGAGAAGUACCCAGGAGGAAGUCGGCCUUGUCCUGUUGGGAAAAGGACUCCAAGGUUCCCAGUUUCAUAUUCAUAUGAAAAUGCUAAUGGAGAGAAAUUUGUUUCUCCUACAAGGCGAGGUCUUAAAAUCAAAGCUAAUGCCAAUGAUGAUGAAGUAGCUCAUGAAAUAGCAAGGGCUUUGGCUGAGGCAUCAAAUAGAGGUGGUUCUUCUCAGGUUUCUCGAACACCAGAUAGAAGACCUGACAGUGUUAUGCCAUCACCAUCCAGGCGUGUCCAGAGAAAGCGUUCUUUAGAAGAAAUGGCCAGUACCAAAAUGUUGUCUGCUGAUAGGGACGAAGAAUUAGAAGGAAGAAUAGAGCCCGACACUGGAGAGUGCUCUAGGUAUAUAGACUCAUUGAAGAAGAAGAAGUCAAGCAAAUCAGAAUGGAAGAGGUUUGAAGUUGACAAUAAUAGUGAUGAUCAUUUGGUUGACAUCAGGGAAGAAUAUAAUGGAACAGAAGAAGAUAAAACGCCCGGUGCAGAAAGGGGCAGGCAUGAUGUGGAUGUGGAUAUGGAUGAUGUCAAGAUUUCUUCCAUGAGCAGUCAGAAAAAGAAGAGCAAAAAGGUUUUGUUUAGAAAAGAUGAAGCUCCUGCCUUUGAUGCCCUGCAAACUUUGGCUGAUUUGUCGUUGAUGAUGCCAACAGAGAAUGAUGAGAAUUCAGAGAUGCAGUUUAAAGAUGAAGAUGGUGAGUUGGAGUCAUCAAAAGCUCAGCCCAUGAGUCAACAAAAAGAAAAACGUAGACACUCAGGGGUGAGAAUGAAAGGGCAUCAGGCAAUAUCGAGUUCUGAAGUUGCUUUCAGUAAAAUAUCAAGAACUGAAAAAACUUCAGUUUCGAACACCAUAUCUGUUACUGUUCCUGAAGAAAAUCAGGAUAUCCCUCAGGCUAUCACUAAAACAUCAAGAAGAAAACAAAAGUUGCAAAUGCCUAAGAUAAAAAAAUCUGAAUCUCAAUCUGACGUUCAUCUAAUAGAAUCUCCAGUGAUUGAGGUUGGAGAUGCAGGAAAGAAGUUAAUGAGAAAGAAUAAAACAUGUAAACAAAGUGGUUCACCGAACUUGCUGGAAACUUCAGAAAAUCAUUCUGCAGCUGAUCUACAAAAAGAGGCUUGUGACUUAGCCCAUGUUCCAGUGGUGGACCAGGUGCCUAUUAAAAUUCGAAGCAGGCGUAAGAUGUUCCUUAGAAAACCAGAAAUUCGGAAAGAUUUGAAAUUUCCCAAUAAAAUCUCAAAUGAACUGCCGUUUUCUUCGAUGCAUGAUGUAGCAUCUUCUUUAAAGGAAAAACUUUCCAGUUGUUUGGAGAAUCCCCAUCUAAGGAGAUGGUGCACUUAUGAGUGGUUCUACAGUGCCAUUGAUUAUCCGUGGUUUGCUAAGAGGGAGUUUGUUGAAUAUUUGUACCAUGUUGGACUUGGUCACGUGUCAAGAUUGACUCGUGUCGAGUGGGGUGUCAUAAGAAGUUCUCUGGGCAAGCCUCGGCGAUUUUCAGAGCAGUUCCUGAGGGAGGAAAAGCAGAAGCUUAGUCUGUAUCGAGAUUCUGUUAGAAAACACUACAGUGAGCUUCGUGAAGGUGUUCGGGAAGGACUGCCAACUGACCUUGCACGACCUUUAUCAGUUGGACAGCGUGUCAUUGCUAUCCAUCCAAAAACAAGGGAAAUUCAUGAUGGAAGCGUGCUGACGGUCGAUCAUUCUAGAUGUCGGGUUCAAUUUGACCAGCUUGAACUAGGGGUGGAAUUUGUCAUGGAUAUUGACUGCACACCAUUGAACCCUUACGAGAAUAUGCCUGCACUGCUUGGGAGACAGAGAAUUGCUGUUGACGAAUUUAUGAAACUUGGUCCUGGUGAUAAUGUGGGUAACAAUGUGGGUAUUUUGCAGUUGCCUCCAGCACUCAAGCCUGAUUUCAUUCACCAGGUGGCUACUGCAAAUGCUGAUUUACAAUCGAGGACAGGGUUGGAAACUACCGGUUACCCAGAAACGACAUACUUUCAAAUCCAGGCAAAGGAAGCUGAUGUCCGAGCUCUGGCUGAGUUGACUCGUGCUCUGGAUAGAAAGGAAGCUGUUGUCCUGGAGUUAAGGCGUUUGAAUGAUGAUGUUUUUGAAAAUCAAAAGGAUGGAGAUAGCUAUUUGAAGGGCUCUGAGCCAUUUAGAAAGCAGUAUGCGGCAGUACUUAUACAAUUGAAUGAAGCCAAUGAGCAGGUUUCAUCUGCUCUGUAUUGCUUGAGACAGAGAAACACAUAUCAAGAGAGCAUUCCACUUGCAUUGCCUAGGACAGGCAGCUAUUCUGCUGAUCCCAGUGAUGGAUUUUCUUUAGACCGUGCUUCAUGUCAAACUCAUGAACCAACUUCUCACACGAAUGAGAUCAUAGAUAGCUCAGCAACAAAAGCCAGGGCAAUGGUAGCUGCAGCCGUGCAGGCAAUUUCAUCUCUCCAUGGUAAGGAUAACACGGCUGAGAAAAUUGACGAAACUAUAGACUACGUAAAUGACCAGCUAUGCUCGGAUGAUUCUGGAAUUCCAAUGCCACAUGAUGCAAAACAAGAGGAUAUCUCUGGCCUCGACAUACAAAUUCCUUCGGAGCUGAUCUCUAAAUGUGUUGCGACUUUGCUUAUGGUUCAGAAAUGUACAGAACGGCAGUUUCCUCCGUCUGAUGUGGCACAAAUAUUAGAUUCUGCUGUCACAAACUUACAACCACGCAGUUCACAAAACCUUCCUGUUUACAACGAGAUACAAAAGUGCAUGGGCAUCAUCAGGAACCAAAUUAUGGCACUAAUACCAGCAUAGGCGAAAAAGUGAGAAAUCAGGCACUCUUUGUUGACUCGUGGAUCUGUGUUGCUAGCGCACGACCUUCUAUGGAUGAAGAAAGGUUGAACGGAAAUGUCCGUCAUUGCUUAUUGACUCUGUAAGCAGUUGCUUUUAAGUUAACCGAGUAAGUUUGUACGGAGUGGGGGACGGCAUUUCUAAUUUGUUAGAUAAUUUGAAAUAUGGAGACAUUUUAGUGUUGUUUGAUGAUUUUGAUGCACCCCGGAUUUGGUUCUGUAAUUGUAUAGCUUCCUGAAAUUUUCAUUCUUGAGGUAUUAGUUGCCUAUAUAUUUGAUCGUGGUCUAAUUGUUACAUUUUCCAGAAAUUACCAAAGAGUAAAUAAUAAUUUGCAACC